UUCGGUUUAAUCCUGCGUAAGUCCUCUCGCAAUUUAUACGUUUAGUUGGAAUCAAUUGUAAUCGACCUUAGACAACGUGUUCGUUUUUUUUUAUUUUAGACUAUCCCAAGAUUGAAGUGUUGAUAACAUUCGAUAACUGUGCUUUGGCGAAGCCUAUAAAGUGAAGAAAACAUGCAACGCAUUCUAGUGAGAAAAUUAUCUCGAAACACCAACUCUUCUGUUUGUAGCAAGUACAAUGAACUUCGUCCACUAUUCACCAGUGAUGUUCUGGUCAACAAACAGUCAUAUAAUUUUUAUGCCACUGUGGAAGAUGUUUUUCCUAACAAACCAGAUUUUGCUUCUCGUCACAUCGGUCCCCGAAAAACAGAUGUCGUUACUAUGCUAAAUUCAAUUGGGUUUAAGUCAUUGGACGAGCUCUCAGAAAAAGUUGUGCCAUCCAAUAUUAAGUUCAGAAGAAUUUUAAAUAUCGAAGACCCGCUGAAUGAGCAUGAGUUAAUCGACAGAAUCCGUGGAAUAUCUAACAAAAACGAAGUGUGGAGAUCAUACAUCGGCAUGGGUUACUAUAAUUGCCUGGUGCCUCAUCCCAUUUUGCGCAACAUAUUUGAAAACCCUGGUUGGACUACGCAGUAUACACCGUAUCAGCCGGAAAUUAGCCAAGGCCGACUGGAAUCCUUAUUGAACUUCCAAACGCUAGUAACUGAGCUGACUGGACUUGAAAUUGCUAACGCAUCAUUACUGGACGAAGGAACCGCUGCAGCUGAAGCCAUGAGUCUUUGUCAUCGUUAUAAUAAGCGUAAAAAAGUAUUCAUCUCGCGAAAACUGCAUCCACAAACAAUUGCGGUUGUUAGGACCCGACUUGAAGCGUUUGGAAUUGUUGUUCUCGUUGGGUCAGUCAAAGAAAUAGACUUCGCAGAUCAUGAAAUAUCUGGUAUUUUACUACAAUAUCCUGACACAUUUGGAGAUGUUCAAGAUUUUGAACAGGUAUCCGCUGAUUGUAAGAAAAACGGCACAUUAGUUGCCGUUGCAACUGAUAUAAUGGCUUUGACAUUGUUGAGACCCCCAGCCGAGUUUGGAGCAGACAUUGCUAUAGGCUCCGCUCAGAGAUUUGGUGUUCCUCUUGGCUAUGGUGGACCACAUGCUGCUUUCUUUGCAUGUAGACAAAAACUGACGCGAUUAGUUCCAGGUAGGAUGAUAGGAGUCACAAGAGAUAUGGACGGACAAGAUGCAUAUCGCUUAGCCCUCCAGACAAGAGAACAACAUAUCCGCAGAGAUAAAGCUACGAGCAAUAUUUGCACCGCCCAAGCUUUGCUGGCUAACAUGGCUGCUAUGUAUGCGAUAUACCAUGGAUCUGAAGGACUCAAAGGAAUCUCCAAUAGGAUUCAUAAAUGUGCUCUCACUCUCAAUGCAGGUUUGAAAAAAGCUGGUCAUGUACAGCUGAACAAAGCAUUUUUCGAUACAUUACAUGUCAUCCCUCAUGAAAUGAGUACAACAGAGGUAAAAGCUAGAGCAGAAGCGAAAAAAAUUAAUCUGCGUUAUUUCGACGAUGGAUCAAUAGGCAUAUCUAUGGAUGAAACAGUAAAAACAUCGGAUAUUGCAGACCUUCUAUGGAUAUUCAAUUGUCCUGAUAUUGAUGUAGCCAUUGCUGACCCUGCUGUUGCUGGUAGCUCGCUUCAUAAAACUCAGUUUAAACGAACGUCUCCAUUCUUAACCCAUCCGAUUUUCAACAAACACCACAGCGAAUCACGGAUGGUUCGUUAUAUGAAGCAAUUAGAAAACAAAGAUAUAUCUUUAGUACAUUCAAUGAUACCAUUAGGCUCGUGUACUAUGAAGCUCAAUUCGACUACCGAGAUGAUUCCAUGCUCUUUUCGGGAAUUCACAGAGAUACACCCGUUCGCUCCAGUCGAACAGGCCAAAGGUUACAAACAAAUGUUUGACGAAUUGGAAAAGGAUCUGUGUGAAAUCACUGGUUACGACAAGAUAUCAUUCCAACCAAAUAGUGGAGCGCAAGGUGAAUACGCAGGCUUAAGGGCUAUUCGAAGCUACCAUGUUUCUCGAGGUGAGGAAAACAGAAAUAUUUGUUUGAUACCUGUUAGCGCUCACGGUACGAAUCCAGCGUCAGCUCAAAUGGCUGGUAUGAGAGUGGAAGCCAUUAGAGUUAAUAACCUCAGCGGAACGAUAGACACUGUUCAUUUGAAGGAAAAAGUCGAACAACAUUCCAACAAUCUUUCUUGUUUCAUGCUUACUUAUCCUUCUACUAAUGGAAUUUUCGAAGACAAUGUUGUGGAUGUUUGCGAACUGAUUCAUGCUCAUGGAGGUCAGGUUUAUCUAGAUGGAGCGAAUAUGAAUGCGCAGGUCGGACUUUGUCGCCCAGGGGAUAUUGGGAGUGAUGUUUCUCAUUUAAAUUUACACAAAACCUUUUGCAUUCCACAUGGAGGUGGUGGACCUGGGAUGGGACCUAUCGGUGUGAAAAAACAUCUUGUCCCAUUUCUCCCAACACAUCCAAUUAUAGAUCCCUUGGCUGGAUGUGAGAAUAAAAGCUUUGGUGUCGUCAGUGCAGGGCCUUACGGCAGCUCAUCAAUACUACCUAUCUCAUGGGCAUAUAUCAAGUUAAUGGGUGGCCGUGGAUUGCGCCGAGCAACACAAGUUGCAAUCUUGAAUGCCAACUAUAUGUCCAAACGAUUAGAGAACCACUAUAAAACUCUCUAUGCGGAUCCUAACACUGGUUUAGUUGCACAUGAGUUCAUUAUUGAUGUGCGCGACUUCAAGAAAACGGCCAACAUUGAGGCUGUUGACAUUGCUAAACGUUUGAUGGAUUAUGGUUUUCACGCACCGACAAUGUCGUGGCCAGUAGCUGGAACUUUAAUGGUAGAGCCAACGGAAUCGGAAGACAAGGAAGAGCUAGAUCGCUUCUGUGAAGCAAUGAUCUCGAUACGCAAAGAGAUUCAAGAUAUCGAAGAGGAUAUUUUAGAUAUCCGUUUAAAUCCGCUGAAAAUGGCUCCUCAUACCCAAAAGCAAGUCAUUUCCUCCGAAUGGAACCGACCCUAUCCAAGAGAGCUUGGCGCGUUUCCUGCGCCAUUCGUGAAACCUGAGGUGAAAAUAUGGCCAACUGUCGGACGAAUCGACGACUUGUAUGGAGAUAAGCACUUAGUUUGCACUUGUCCACCGAUGGUUCCAGACUAUGAAUAGUCGCUAACGGAAGGAAACAGAUUAUGUCAUAUAGUGUAGUUAUGAUUUUCAACGAAAUGAAAAUAAAUUUGUAUCACUUCUAA